AUGGACAAGCUUUUGUCAUACGUUGGGAUUGCAUUACUAAUGUCGGCCAUGUCAGUGCAAGCCCAAGACACUUCAUGCCUAAACCAACUGGUUCCUUGCCUGAAUUACCUCAACGGAACAAAAGAAGUGCCUGAAGACUGUUGUAAUCCUCUCAAAACUGUGAUCAAAUCGAACCCAAAAUGUCUGUGUAAUAUGGCAAGCAAUCAAGGCAGUAAUCAAGCUACGCAAGCUGGGAUCAAUGUGACUGAGGCCCAAGAAUUGCCUGGAAGAUGUGGGCUACAUGUCAGUCCUGUUUCUUGCCUUACAGGAAAUUCUCCCAACACCAAGAACUCAGUUGAUAAUUCUUCAAGCAUUUUCCUGUUGCCUUCUUGGAGCAUGAUUUUGGCCACAACUUUGUUCACCACUUUUCAGUUCUUGUGGCAUCAGACAUCAUAA